AUGACUAGAAAUAAGCAGAGGAAAGGAAAAAGACCAGGGAAAGAAAGAGAGCAGCAAGAACAGAGAGAGGAAGAGAUUGAAAAAGAAGAACCCAACAAAAGACAAAGACGCGCUACAUAUAGCUAUGUCGAUGAAGAAAUAUUCUGGGGACCUAACCCUUCUCGUAAUAGUGUGCUAAAGGCAGUAGACCCUUGGCUGAGGUCUUACAGGUCCAACUGCAACUGUGGAGAGUACAUAUCAAGGCUUCAGAAUUCAGUGAAUGAGAUGGGCUCAUCAUCCCAGCCACCAGAACCCACAUCUGUUCCACCAAACUUCAAUGAAGGGCCUAAGAACCAAAGCUCACUUUCACCUUCACUGAAUAGUCAGGAUACCUCAGUGCUUAACAAUUGGAACAUGGUUCCACCUUCAUUACCUAUGAUGGGAACUUCUUCUUCACAGCAACAGCUGCCCCUAUUACGACCAAUGCAGGGACAGACACCACUUGGCAACCAACCCAUGAACAGCCCCAAUAUGGUUUCAUAUUCAGCAACUACAAUUGGUGCAUCAGGACCUGUGAUGGGAACUUCGUCUGUGGAAAAAGUUCCCCUCCUAUGCCAAAUGCAUGGACAAAUACCACCUGGCUACCAACCCAUGAACGAACCCAAUAUAGUUUCAUCUUCAGAAAUUCCAAUGGGAGCAUCAGUAGCUGUGAUGAGAACUUCUUCUCCGCAACAAAUGCCCCUAUUACAACCAAUGCAUGGACAGAUACCACUCGACCAUGAACCCAUAAGUAGCCCCAAUAUAGUUUCAUCUUCAUCAACUACAAUGGGAGCGCCACCAAAAAAACAACUGCAGGGGGAGAUUAACCAUGAGAAAUGGCUACCGAUGCAUCAACAACUUGAAGCAACAUCCUGUAAAUUUUUGAAGCAGAUAGACCUUGGAGGAGAAGUACCAACCAUUCCUCAUUUUCAAGAAAUGAAUGCUCGUAUCAGCAAUAACCAAAAUUUGGGUGAGGGAGGAGCUUUGCCUAAUACACGGUUUAAGUCCUCAAUUUAUGAUCCUGCAUACGAAGGACUUGGACUCCCUAUAGAUCCUAUCCUCCGCCACUUUGAGCUUCGCCACAAACUUGACAACUAUAUCAAUUCAAGUGGCUAUAGCCAAGUAGAUCAAACUCAAGUUUCCCCUACAUUAAAUCAAGGAAGGACAUCAUCAACUGAAGUUGUGGAACCAUACUAUGACCAAGGGCUUUCACAGAGUCUUAUGGCACUACUUCAAAAUCAAGAUCCUCCAGAAGUAGAACCAUCAAUUAAUGGUGUGGCACUACUUCAGAACAAUCAUCCAUCAGAAUUAGAAUUACCAACUAAAGGUGUGGUUCCUUUUCAAAGUCAAAAUGCACAAAUCUUUAAUGAUGAGAUGACAUUAUUGAAUUAAGGUUGCGCAUUGUCGAUGAUAGAAGCAUCAAUUUUUCUUGAUUUAUUACCUAAUCAGAUUCUUAAGAAUGUACACAAGAAGUGAAAAUCAGAGGCUUCUAGCAAAGAUUGCAAGGGGCCGCGGAGAUGGGAUUGAACGAGCUAAACGUAUGGACAGAUUUUGGCUAUUUAACAAAAGUGUUCAAAGGGAGCAACCGUCAAUGCUGGGCCUUGGGAACUUUUUGCUAUCAUUUUAAAAUUUUAAAGACCUUAAUUACGUUCAAGUCUGUAAAUAUU